CGGCGGGCCCCGCCCUCUGGCGGACGGCGGCGGAGCGGCCCCCGCAUCAAAUCGAAGCCCCUGAGAAGCCCCCGGGAUGGCCGGGAAGGAUGGAAAGGACGAGAAAGAUGGAAAAGAUGAAAACGAUGGAAGCACGGAGGGCUGGGCCGACAUCGAGGAGCGCCUGGAGAAGAUGCAGGCCACCCUGAAGGACACCUCUGUCCCCCCCUCCCGCCGUGCCCAGGCCUGUGACCGUGCCCUUCGUGCCUGCGCGGCGCAGCUGGCGCUGCCCGGCGGGCGCCCGGCGCAGGGCGCGCGGCUGCUGGCGCUGGCGCAGGAGGCGGCGCACACCUACCUGAGCCUGGCGCCCUCACCCCCUCACCUGUACCUGGAGAAGAUCCUGUUCCACGUGCUGCGCAACGCCGCCGCCUGGGCCGGGCCGUGCGCCUGGGCCGUGGCAGAGCUGCUGCGGGCGCGGCUGCGGCGCUGCCGGCCCGGUGACACCGGUGACACCGAGUGGGCCGGCGUGGCCCGCGGCAGCUUCGCCGUGCUGUGGCGAGCGGCGGCCGCGCUGGCCGGGCCCGAGAGGCCUCGAGAGGAGGGCAGGGCGGUGCUGGCGGCGCGGCUGCGCGCGCUGCGCUUCCUGCUGCUGCUGGAGCCGCAGGAACAACACCAACACCACCACCAACACCACCAGUCCUUCCAGCCGCCCUUCUUCACCUCGCCCACGGCGCGGCACGCCGCCGCCGCCGCCGCGCUCUACCAGGCCCAGCGCGCGCCGUGCCCGCUGUUGGUGGCCGGGCAGCUGCGGGAGGCGCUGCUGGACACGCUGAGGGCCGAGGCUGCGCAGCCCCCAGACCCCUGCAGCUCCCUCUGCUUCCUGGAGCUCACCCUGCAGCGCUGCCGCCUCCUCUGCGCGGCGCGGCGGCCCCGCGACGCCCUGGAGGCGCUGCAGGACGCCAGGGCGUUUCUGGGGGCUGGGAACGCUCUGGGAGCCCCCCUGGAGCUGCUGGAGGCCGGGGUCCAGCUCAGCCGGGCGCUGGGCAAAGGCGGCACCGGCGCGGGGCCGGCGCUGCGGCGGGCGGCGGCGGCGCUGGCGGAGGAACAUUCCGGAAGGUUGCUGCGGGUGCUGCUGGAGGGCUCCCAGUUGGUGCUGGCGCAGCUCGGGGAGGCGCUGGGGAAGGGCCGGGAGCCGCCCCUCGGCCUCCAGGAGCUCCCCGGCAUCUGCAGCUUCUGCCAGGGCUAUGGGCGGGCGCUGCAGCGGCUGCUGGCACAGGUCCCUCCCGACUCCACCCAGGAGCAGGUGAUGGUGAAGCAGCUGCUGUUCCACAGCCUCCAGCUCUUCUCCAAUGCUGUCCACGAAAUAUUCCAGCAUUGCCAGCCCUCGGGGUGGCCGGAGCUGGCGCAGGUGACCUCGAGCUGUGUCCGGAGCGUCACCUGGAUGCUGCAGGGCCUGGAGGGGCUGCCCGAGGCCGAGAGGGGCAAAUUCCUCGAUGUCACCGCUGCCACCACCCUCCGCCUGGGCCAGGCCUUCCAGAGCCGGAACCUUCCGGAAGCAGCCGAAGCCGUGUGCGAGCCCCUGUGCCAGGCAGUGUUGGCCAAGGACGGGUACAGCUGGCCUGGAGUGACCCCCGAGAGGCUCCACAGGUGCUUCCGGCUGCAGGCCGAGAGCUGGCGCUGCCAGGGGCGGCCGCAGCGGGCACUGGACAGCGUGGCACAGUGGCUUCUGGCCCUGGGGACACACUGCCAGGCCCAGCCCGGCUCCCUGGUGGCCCAGCCCGGCUCCCUGGUGGCCCAGCCCGGCUCCCUGGUGGCCCAGCCCGGCUCCCUGGUGGCCGAGCCGGUGGCGCUCUGGGCCCGGAUCAAGACGGAGGCGGCCAAGCAGGGAGAGGAGGAGCUGCGGCUGUGGACCCUUGGGGACGCCCUGCGGGCUCAGUCCCGUUCCCACUCCCGCCCCCUGCCCGGGGCGGCGCUGCCCGCGCUGCUGCUGGCCGAGCUGCAGGCCUACAAAUCCCUGCGGGCCCCCACGGGCCCCGAGCGCUACGGCGUGCUCUGCGACCUGCUGGGGCUGGGGGACCCCCGGGGGGACCCACAGGGACAGGGGGAGCCCCCGGGGGCGCCGGAGCCCGGCCAGAGCCUGCCCAGGGCGGUGGCGCUGCUGGAGCUGGGGCAGCUCCUCUGCAGCCACAGCUUCGCCCCACACACGGACUGCUCGGCCCUGGAUGCCCUCCAGGAGUCCCUGGAGCUGCUGGAGUCGCUGUCCCGGGAUUCCCAGCUCUGGAAUUCCCCGCUGCGGGAUCAGCUGCUGGACGAGCGCGCCCAGGCGCUGCUCUGGCUCCACAUCUGCACCCUCGAGGGCCUCGUGGAGAAGAGCGUGGCCCGGGAGCGCCGCGGGAGCGCGGAGGCGCCGGAGCUGCCGGACGGGAUCCGCUGCAGCCUCAGCUCCGACAGCCGUCUCUGCAGGCCCCUGGACGAGGCGCUGGCCCUGUGGAAGCGGCUGCUGGAAGGUUCCGGAACCCCCCGGGUGCGCAGCCCCGAGCAGAGCCUGAGCUCCCUGCAGCUCCUGGGGGCGCUCUACAGCCUGCAGGGAAAGCCCCUGCAGGCCCUGGAGAGUUUCCUGCUGCUGCGCUCGCUGUGCCGCCGGCUCGGGGAUAAACCGGGAUUGGCGAAUUCCCUGUGCCAGCUGUGCCGGGUCCUGCUGCAGCUGCACUGCCCCCGCCAGGCACAGGUUUUCCUGGAGGAGCUGGAAUUGUGCCUGGAGCAGGACGAGGAGGGCGCCGAGGACUCGCGGCUGCUGCUGCACCACUGGCGGCUGCUGCUGCGCAGCCACCUCUGCUGCCUCCAGAGAAAGGGCGAGGAGGCGGCGGCGCUGCUGCUGCGGGCGCUGCAGGAGCCCCGUGCCCGCCGCUCCACGCGGGGCUGGUUCCUGGCGCGGGCGCAGGCGCUGCAGGUGCUGGGGGCGCUGCUGGAGCUGCCCCCGGCGCUGCUGCCCCCGGCGCUGAGGGACAGGCUGGGCAGGAACGGCUGGAGCAGCCCCAAGCAGGCCCUGCUGGAGGCUCAGAAGCUGCUCCGGAGCGUCCUGGUGGCCCUGAUGGGCAGUGACAUCCUGGGGACAGCCCGGAGUGUCCCCCCGGAGGAGCCGGGCCCCGACACCGGCCCGGCGCUGGUGCACAAGUGGCAGGUGCUGGGGGACGCCCUGGGCUGCUGCCAGCGCCUGGUGACACUGCUGGGCCACUGCGAGCUGGUGUGCAGGGCCAGGGCCUUCUGCUGCGAGGGGCUGCGCCUGGCCGGGCACCUGCAGGCCGCCCGCUGGUGCUCGUGGUUCCUGGUGCUGCAGUCCCAGCUGGAGCUGCAGCAGGGGGAGCUGGAGCUGUGCCAGUCCCACCUCCAGCACGCCCAGUUCCUGCUCCAGCCCCCAACUGAACCCGACCCCCAGCGGGAGCCUCGGCGCCGGGCCAGGAUCCAGCCCCGCAAGGGCCACCCGGAGAGGAGGAGGAGGAGGAGCCCCCUGGACCCCAUUCCUGACCCCAUUUCCAACUCCACUCCCCACCCCACGGCCGAGGAGGACGAGGGGUUCCUGCAGGGCGCCCCUCUGGCCGCGCUGGCCCCGGCCGCGCUGCCGGAGCAGCCGGACGCCCUCACGGCCUCCCCGGAGCUCAGACCCACGGCGGGGCAGCCCCCGGCGUUCCUGUGCCACCGCCCGGGCUGUGGCUGUCCCCCGUGCCGGGACCCGGCGCUGGUGGCGCUGGGGCUGCGCUGGGCGCUGGCGCGGGCGCGGGCGCGGCUGCGGGCGGGCGAGGCGGCGCCGGGGCUGGCGCUGCUCCGCCGCGCCCUGGGGCGCUGCCGCCGCGCCGGGGAGCGCCUGCACAGGGAGGUGUGGGGCAGGGUGAGCAGGGACACCCCUGGGGACAGGGACACCCCUGGGGAUGGGGACAGGGCGCUGCGGGACCCCCCUGAGAGUGGGGACACCCCUGGGGACGGGGACAGAGCUCUGCGGGACACCCCUGAGAGUGGGGACACCGACAGGGACAGGGACAGGGGUCUACAGGACACCCUUGGGAGUGGGGACACCAUCGGAGACGGGAACAGGACGCUGCAGGACUCCCCUGAGGAUGGGGACACCAUCAGGGACAGGGGUCUGCAGGACCCCUCUGGGAAUGGGGACACCGUCAGUAGUGGGGACACCAUCAAGGAUGGGGACACUCCUGGGGACAGGGACACCCUUGGGGACAGAGACCUCUGGGACCCCUCCAGGGACAGGGAUCCCUCUGGGAACAGGGCCACCACUGGGGAUGGGGACACCAUUAGGGAUGGGGACAGCUCCCCGUCCCCCCCAGGCCCUGGGGACAGCUCCGUGUCCCCCCUGGGCCCGCUGGCCGAGCUGGUGGCCGCUGGCUAUGCCACGCUGGCCCUGCAGAGCCUGCCCAGUACACCCCAGUCCGUCCCAGUUUGGGACGAGGAGCUGGAGCGGGGCCUGGCCCUGCUGGGCUCCCACAGUCCCCCCGUGGCCGGCCUGGGGGUGGCCGUGGCCACUCUGCUGCUGGCCAAGGCCGUGGCCACCCUGGCCCGCGUGGCCGCCGCCCUCGGCCGCUCCAUGGACGACGUCCUGGCCCAGGCCUGGACCCCCCGGCCGCCCCCCACCCCCAAACCCCAAAAAUCCCCCAAAGCUCCCCCAAAAACCGCGCCCCAAAAAGCCAAAACCACCAAAGCCAAGGCAGGGAGGACCCCCAGGGCGAAGCCCCCCAAACCUGGGGACGUUUUCAGCCUGGGGGAGUCGGAGGCCGAGGCGCCCCCGAUCGUCCUGCGGCCGGGGGGGCCCUGCACCCCCCACCCCAAGGCGGGGGCGCCCCCAAAGGCGCUGCUGGGGGGGCCCAGGACCCCCUUCACCAUCUUCAGCGAGGAGCCCUCCCCGCCCGGGGGGCGCUGCCGGCUCCGCGGGGCCCCCAAAAUCCCGGGAAGGGUCAAAUCCAGGAUCAGGGUGACUUUCAGUGACAGCGACCCCGAGGAGCCCCAAAUCCCCCCAGAUCCCCCCAAAACCACCCGGAAAAAUUCCUGUGCCCAGAGGAAAAAUUCCUGCUCCCAAAAAUCCCCCGGGAGCUCCCCGGGAAUUGGAGCUCGGCCCCGGCGGGGGCGGCCCCGGAAGGAGCCCGGGAGCCCCAAAAAGAGGGAAAAAAGGGGAAACCCCCAGACGGAAAAUGUGGAAAAUCUGGGAAAAAGAAGGAUCCCCAAAAUGGAAAAUGUGGAAAGAACUGGAACCCCCCAAACAGAAAAUGUGGAAAAAGGGGAAAACCCCAAAAUUGAAAAUGUGGGAAAAAGAAGGAUCCCCAAAAUGGAAAAUGUGGGCAAAAUGGAAAAUCUUGAAAUGGAAAAUGUGGGAAAAACGAGAAACUCCAAAAUGGAAAAUGUGGAAGAAAUGGAAAAUCCCAAAAUGGAAAAUGUGAGAAGGAGGCGGAACCCCCAAAGGGAAACUUUGGAAAAGAAGGAAAAGGGAAACCCCAAAAAUGCUCUGGAGAAGAAGGAGAACAGAGGCCCCCGCCGGGCUGGGGGUCCCCGGGAGAAGAGGGAGAGGGGGACCCCCCAAAAUGGGGUUCUGGAGGAGAAGAGGAACUGGGAAUUCUCUGGGAUUGAGGAGCGGGACCCCCUCAGGGCCGUGGAGGAAGAGGAGGAGGAGGAGGAGGAGGAGAUGAGCUUUGAGCUGCCCCCGCUGCCCCCAGGUGGGAUCAGUGAGGAAAUUCCAGAAUUUGGGAAGGAUCCCCCAAACCCAGAGGGGGGGUCCAGCCCCUCGGCCCAGCCCGGUGUCCCCUCCCUGGCCACUGUCCGGUCCCUGCUGAGCCAGGCCCUGGCGUGGGUCGCUCCCUUCCCUCCGGGCUCUCUCUAUGCCCAGCUGUGCCAGCUGCUGGCCCUGGCCACCGGGGACAGCGACCCUGUGGCCACCGCGGGGCUGCUGGCGGAGUCCCUGAGCGUCACCGCGCGCCACCAGCUGCUGGCCAUCGUCCACGCCAGGACACGGAAGCAGAGGAAAGCAGCAGCAGCAGCUCCAGGGGACAUCUCGGAUCAGCUCCGGGGGCUCUCCCUGCGGGAAGGGGAUCCCGGGGACCCCCAGGACCCCCCAGACCCCCAGGACCCGCAGCUGGCCCAGCUGCAGGAGCUGUUCCAGUUCAGCGCGGCGGGGCCGGGCCCGGCGGAGCGGGAGCGGUUCCGGGAGCAGCUCCGGAGGAUUCCCAGCGGUGUCACCGUGUGCCAGCUGUCCCUGGCCAGUGCCACCCCCGGCGCCGUCGGGGACGCGCUGCUGCUGACGCGGCUGGAGCGCGGCGCCGACCCCGUCAGCGUGCGCAUCGACACCCGGCACGGGCAGGCUCCUCUGAGCGGGGUCCUGGCGGAGCUGGAGCGGAUCCAGCGGGAGCAGCGCGAGGCCAACGCCUGCACCGAGCGCCGGCAGUGGUGGGAGCGCCGCGCCAGCCUGGACCUGCGCAUGCAGGGCCUGAUCCAGAGCCUGGACCGGGACGUGCUGGGCUGCUGGCGGGGGCUGCUGCUGCCGCGGGGCGCCGGCGGCGCUGCACCGGAGGAGCCGCAGCUGCAGCGGCUGCAGCAGGAGCUGCACGACUGCGGCUGGGGCGGCGCCGAGCCCGCGCUGCUGCGGGCUCUGCUGGCGGGGCUGUGCCCGGCCGAUGCCCGCGCUCUGGCCGCGGCGCUGUGUCCGGUGCGGCCGCUCUGGGCGUGGUCCCUGCUGGCCGAGGCGCUGGAGCAGCGCCGGGAGGGGCCCGGGGACACCGAGGGGUCCCUGGUGCUGCUGCUGGACAAGCACCUGCAGCGCCUCCCCUGGGAGAGCUCCGGGACCCUCCGGAACGUUCCGGUGACGCGGCUGCCGGCGCUGCGCUUCCUGCUGAGCUACGACAUGGCCCGGCAGAGCCCGGGCUCGGUGCUGGGCCGCGGCGUCGACCCCUCGAGCACCUUCUACGUCCUGAACCCACAGCGAGACCUGGGCGGCACCGAGGAGCGCUUCCGCCAGUGGUUCGAGAGCGAGCCCGGCUGGCGCGGGGUGUCCGGGGCAGCCCCGACCCCGCAGCAGCUGCAGGAGGCGCUGGGGGAGCGCGACCUCUACAUCUACGCCGGGCACGGCGCCGGGGCGCGGCUGCUGGACGGGCACAGCCUGGCACGGCUGCGGUGCCGGGCCGUGGCGCUGCUCCUGGGCUGCUCCAGCGCCGCCCUCAGCGCCCGCGGACACCUGGAGCCCACGGGCACCGUCCUCAAAUACAUCCUGGCAGGGUGCCCGCUGGUGCUGGGGACGCUGUGGGACGUCACAGACCGGGACCUGGACCGGCUGGCGCAGGCGCUGCUGCGGGGGUGGCUGGGGGGCGGCCCCGGGACCCCCCUGCUGCCGCAGCUGGCGCGGGCCCGCCAAGCCCCCCGCCUCAAAUGGCUCAUCGGGGCCGCGCCCGUGGCCUACGGGCUGCCGGUCUGCCUCUGCUGAGGGGGCUGGGGGGCCUGGGGUCGGGUUUUGGGGUCCCUUUGUCAUCUUUGGGGACCCCCCCAUUGCCUGGAGUGAGAGUUUUGGGGUCCCUUUGUCAUCUUUGGGAUUCCCUCAUUGCCUGGAGUGAGGAUUUGGGGGGUCC